AUGGGGGGAACCAACACUUUUUCAGUUGUUCACGAAAGGUCGCCCCUGAUGCCUGGGCAGCAGGAGGCUGAGUUGGAAGCUGAGGGUGCAGACUCUGUUGCUCGUGAAGAGUCGAAGAGUAGCUGGUAUCUGCUUUUGCUUACAAUUUCUAUUGGGGGUCUUCAGGUGGUCUGGUCUGUGGAAUUAGGUAGUGGAUCGCCAUUCCUUCUUUCUCUGGGCAUGAGCAAGGCUCUUCUUGCCUGUGUUUGGAUUGCAGGUCCCUUGACAGGUACAUUGGUUCAGCCUUAUAUUGGCAUUCGAAGCGAUAAUUGUCGGAUAUCAUGGGGCAAGAGGAAGCCUUUCAUGGUGUUUGGAGGUGUAGCUACCAUUCUAUCUUUACUUCUGCUCGCAUGGGUGAAAGAUCUUGUUGGUGGGCUCUUGUCGGUAUUCGGCGUUGAUCCGGCGUCAAAUGGGACGAAGAUAACAAUCAUGAUCGUGGCGACGCUGAUGAUGUUUUGUCUUGACUUUGCGAUCAACACCGUGCAAGCUGGAAUCAGAGCAUUCAUCGUCGACAACUGCCCUGCUCACCAGCAGGAACUGGCAAACGCAUGGGCAAGUCGGUGGACUGGGAUGGGCAAUAUCAUUGGCUAUAUUUUUGGCUACAUUCAUCUGCCCAGAUAUUUUCCAUUCCUUGGAGAUACGCAGUUCAAAGUUCUUUGUGCUUUUGCGUCUAUCGCACUCAUUGUGACGUUGGCUUCCAGUUGCUUCUAUAUCCAGGAACGAGACCCUCGACUUGAUGGUCCGCCACCUUCAGAUGGACUGGGAGUCAUCGCAUUCUUCAAACAGACCUUUCGAUCCAUUCGCACUUUGCCACCACAAAUUGCCCGGGUAUGUGAGGUUCAGAUUGCGGCUUGGGUGGGCUGGUUCCCCUUCUUGUUCUACGCUACUACAUACGUCGGACAGCUCUACGUCAAUCCGAUCUUCCAAAAUAACCCCAACCUCCCCCAGGAUCAGGUUGAUAAGACAUGGGAAGAUGCCACCCGCAUCGGGACUUUUGCUCUGCUCAUCUACGCCAUUAUUUCAUUCAUCGCCAAUACCAUUCUUCCAAUAUUCAUUGUUCCUACCUAUCAACCCGUUGUCGAAGUUAUCACACACCAAGACGAUCGAGAUGCUUCUUUGGAUGAGGAAGAGGAGCGCUCCCGCAGGAUAUCAAUAUCUGCGAUGCCGACUGGAAUGGCAUCAGAGCCGCUGCUGGAUGCAAACCCGAGCAAGAAUAGCGAAGAUAGACCUACAUGGCUUUCACGCCUGCAGAUCCCUGGUCUCACACUUCGACGCACGUGGCUUCUAUCACAUAUCUUAUUUGCAACAUGUGCAUUUAGUACAUUUUUUAUCUCAUCUUACCAGGCAGGUUCUGUUGCGAUCGGUUUUAUUGGUAUUUCAUGGGCCGUUACUCUGUGGGCCCCAUUUGCUUUGAUCUCGGCGGAGAUUUCCCGCAUAGAUCUUGCACGACGCCUCCGCCGCCGGCACGCAACUACCACCGACGGAGAUCCGGUCUCUGCCCCGGGACCCCAAACCACAUCUAACGCUUAUGCACCGGUCUCCGUCGAGGAUGAAGAUGAUCACAAUACAAAUAGGGCCAGUGUGGACGAUCUUGAGGAGGGUCACACUAAAACCUCUGCCGAUGCUGAUGCAGAGAACUUGAUCCAAGCCGGAAUCGUCCUCGGUCUCCAUAAUGUGGCCAUUUCUUUCCCACAAAUAUUUUCCAGUCUUAUCUGCAGUGCCAUUUUCAAGGUCGCCCAAAAGCCGCGGGGAGAGCCCUGGGAUGAUAGCGUGGGUUGGGUGCUACGAUUUGGCGGGUGCGCAGCCUUGGUCGCAGCGUUCUUAACUAAGCGAUUAGCGGAGGGUACACGGUAA